AUGAGUAUCCAGGGCAAGCUGAAACUCUCCGAGUACAAAACGCUGAAGGGGCCUCCGAUCAAAUCAUCCAUUUUUGCAGACAUCGAUACGAGCCAGUGCUUCACCUAUCAUAAGUGCAAGCUUUUGAUAGGCAGAAAAGCACUGGGGAGUCCACCUUCUGAUCGGAUCAAAGGUCCGAUCACAAGAAGGCAGCAACUCCGGAUGAGAAUCAUGGCAAAGCUCGAAGCAGAAACCAUGUUUCUGGCCUCAGUCUUGGUGAUUCUGUCGGUGUCCGUCCCCCGGGGUGCGCAGGCCGUGGACUACCUCUUCUGGGACGGGCCUACUUGCACGGGGCUUGUGCAGAGUCUCUGCACCUCGAUCAGCAAUGGAUCCUGCUGCGUCUCGGACAAUGCAUAUCAAUCGGUGCAGGUCCGAGCCGACAGAUGUCAAUGGACCACGGCAUUCAAGGACGGCGACUGUGCCGCAAACAUCACAAUAAACACGAAGAAUGGCUCCCUCUGCUUCGACAGCGGCGGUGCCACUUACACCGCUGCGAGCUGGCAGAGCAGAUGCAUCAAUGGCAUUCCUAUCGUCGAGGCUCCGAUUCCGGCCGUCAACGAGACUAUCAACGGGACGAGUAACGCCACAACCAAUGCGACGACGCCUCCUGCAGCUCCUCCUGCAGCUCGUCGCAGAGCUCUGCUGAGUGAGCUUCGAUCCCCGAGCGCCCUGGCGGGUGUGGAUUGCACGCGCCAUGUGGAGGUCGACGAUAGUGUGAUUUACUAUCGAGAAGAUCCGACGAAAUCCAUCUGGAUCCUUCGUGUCGACAAAGCAGACAAAGCUGCGAUGAUGCAGCAACUUGCAGCCGUGCCCGAGCCGGACAAAGCUUUCUGGAUGUUCGCUCACGGUGCUACCUAUGACGUCGAGGCGUCAGCGAGCUCGUUUGAGCUUGUUGUCGCCUAACCUGCAACCGAAGUCUCGGUGGAGGAUUCGAGAAAUCGAUGUACUGGAAUUUAUUCUGAAGCUUGUGGUUGCUUAUCGAGAUCUGCUGAUUCUAUCUCUUAGCUGCGUGUGUACAUUUCUUCAAUUAUUCAAUUGAUUGACACAAAAAUCAAUAAAUUUGCCAAACGACUGGCA